AUGCCUCGCAACCGCUCCGCCGCCCGUCCCGCCCCCUCGCGGCCGAUGGCCCCCGCCCGCGCCCCCCAGCCGCAGCAGCAGCGGCCCGCGACCACGAUGGCUGCUCCCUCGCAGCAGCACGCUCCUCAGCAGAUGGCCCCGCCGGCGGCCGCGCAGUCCCAAGGCCCCGGCCUAUUUGGGCAGAUGGCCAGCACUGCUGCCGGUGUCGCCAUCGGCUCUUCCGUCGGCCACGCCAUCGGCGGCCUCUUCUCUGGCGGCUCCUCGGCCCCCGAGGCCGCGCCUCAACAAGCCGUCCAGACGCAGGCCCAGAAUACGCAGCAGCACGAGUUUGGUAACAACUGCCAGUCGGCCGCGCUGCAGUUCAACAAGUGCAUGGAUGAGCAGGGCGGUAACAUGCAGGUCUGCAACUGGUACCUCGAGCAGCUCAAGGCCUGCCAGGCCGCCGCCAGCCAGUACUAA